AUGAAAUACCAGCCUGAUAAUAUAAUUCUUGUUGUUUACGAACAAUAUCAACGAGAACUUAAUGGUUUAAAACAACUUCAACAACGUGGUAAUCUUACAGAUUCACAAGAUGGGCGAUACGACUUUGUUCUUGAUGCGAUUGCAUCUAUAAAACCUUUUUAUGGCUAUCGUAUAACUAUUUCUGUUUAUAUUCGUGAUCAUCUAUCACCAUCUGCACAAAUUCAUUCGUUUCCACCACAAAGUCAGCAUCAACAACAAUUAGGAGCACAUUCCGGAACAUCAGUUACUCCAUCAUGA